UUUUUAUAACAAAAUCAUCAAUUAUGGAGAAGAAGUAAAACCCCCAAAUCUAUCAAUUAAUUAGGUUUAAGAAUAAGCGUAGAAACAAUGAACUGACCACGGUUUUGGCUUUCACAAACGAAAAUCAGUUUCUGAAUUACGAAUACAAAAAUGAUGGUGAUGGUGGAUAGUGCUUGAAUUUUGUUUUUAUUUUCAAGUGCAUUUGCCAUCUAUUGCCAUCAUCGUCACCAUCAACAUCCAUUAAUCGGUUGUACGGAUCCAAAUUGCAAAAGCUGCAUCAGGGACAGUAUAACCUAAUUCAACAUUCGUGUGUGCAAGAGCAGUAAUUGGAAAUUACUAAGCUAUAACUGUGAAGUGCCGUCAGCCUGGAGUAUAAUUUUAGUUCUGCUCACUUGGCGUGCUAGAGGACACACCAACAUAAUACCAUCUGAAUACCAUCUGUUAUUAUGUGCAUAUGAUAUUCUAGUGAUUUUACAGUUUGAAGCGCAAAAGGAUGGGCUUAAAAGUGAACCUGCUUCUUUUGGUAUGUGUCAUUGUUGUAAUAUUUGGUCAUAGUAUAGGAGCCGAAGAAGAUAGACACACUUUACAAAGGGUAAUAACUGCUCCGCGGAGGAAUGCAGAAGGUGGUGUGAUAGAUGGAUCUGGUACUGAGCAUAUUAGUGAUGAAAUGGGGGGGUGGCAGGACGGAACUGUUAGAGUCUCAGUGUCAACAGUUGCAAUUUGCACACUGGCAAUGGCUGCAGCUACUGGUUUGGGGGCUCUCCCUUUCUUUUUUAUGGAGCUUGAUCCUCAAUGGGCUGGAAUAUGCAAUGGAAUGGCAGCAGGAGUUAUGCUUGCUGCAAGCUUUGACCUUAUACAAGAAGGACAGGGCCAUGGAAGUGGCAGUUGGGUUGUGUUGGGUAUUUUGUCUGGUGGUGUUUUCAUCUGGCUCUGCAAGAAGUUUCUUGAGCAAUAUGGUGAAAUGAGCAUGCUGGACAUAAAGGGAGCAGAUGCAACUAAAGUCAUUCUUGUUGUUGGAAUCAUGACUCUUCACUCUUUUGGAGAGGGAUCUGGUGUUGGAGUUUCCUUUGCUGGCUCUAAGGGUUUAUCACAAGGGAUAUUGGUGACAUUGGCUAUUGCUGUACAUAAUAUACCUGAGGGCCUGGCUGUUAGUAUGGUCCUUGCGUCAAGAGGAGUUUCUCCGCAGAAUGCCAUGAUAUGGAGUGUGAUUACGUCACUACCACAGCCUCUUGUAGCGGUUCCUUCAUUUAUAUGUGCUGAUGCUUUCAACAAGUUCUUGCCAUUUGCUACUGGAUUCGCUGCCGGUUGUAUGAUUUGGAUGGUUAUGGCUGAGGUCCUCCCGGAUGGUUUCAAGGAGUCUUCCCCAUCACAAGUGGCAUCUGCAGCUACGCUUUCUGUGGCAUUUAUGGAGGCACUCGGUGCUCUGUUUGAGCAUUUCAGCCACAACUACAGCCAAGAGGAUGCUUCUGGCUUCUUUGUUUCUCUAUUAUUUGGCCUUGGUCCUUUGCUUGGUGGUGUAGCCCUUGUUGCAUUUUGUCUUGCAUUCCGGCUUCGGCAUGCAUUUCUUACUGGUAUGGCCUCUGGCAUAGCCUUUGUCCUCGGGGCCUGGCGACCCCUCCAACUACUCGUGUCUUCUAAGAUGGGGUUUCUUCCACUCAUGUUUCUUCUUGGGGUCGGAGCAGCAUUCAUCCAUGUACCUACAUCCAUUCUCACGAAUUCUAGACUGCACAGGAAGACUUCAGCAAACACAUUAUCUUCUGUCACUGGUGUCACUGUAAGUGCGCUCACGCUUCAGUCGGUCCUGUCAUGUGCAGCAGUCGCCCUCCAUGCUCUCGCCGAGGGACUUGCAUUAGGUGUAGCUGCACCCAAAGCUUACGGGCUCGGGAGGCACAUGGUCCUUCCGGUCUCCCUCCACGGGUUCCCUCGUGGCGCAGCUGUGGCUAGCUGCAUCUUUGGAGCGACCGAUAGUUGGCAUGCUUCCCUCUUAUCCGCUGCCCUAAUCGGGAUUGUGGGGCCAUUAUCCGCCAUUGGAGCGAUACUUGCCGGGAUUGAUUACAGCGGGUUGGACCACGUGCUUGUGUUUGCAUGUGGAGGGCUUUUCCCGUGCUUCGGGAGCACGGUGAAAAGAGCGGUUAAGUUGGAUAAACGAAAGAGCCUUUUUGGGGUUGUCGUCGGGGUCGUGUUCGCUAGUGUGUGUCUAACGUGCACGAAGCUCGUGUGUUUGCACACACCAUAUUGCAACUCAGCUCCUGAAGCUGUCAAGUGAUGGCAUGAUUCAUCUUUAUACAAGAAGACAAAAACAAGAGAGAAGAAACAUAAUUGUAGAAAUGAUUUCUGAGCAGUGUACUCCACAUUCGUUACUGCUGGAAUGCUGCUUAUUUUUGUAUCUUUAGUGUUUGUUAUUUACAUAUUUUCUUGGAAUUGAUUGAAGUUAACGCUCAUACCUCUGAUUUAAAUACCUGCUAGUAAAACGAAAUUGUUGCGUCCUCA